AUGGACACCAUAUUGGUGGUGGAAAAAUCGGAAAUCCCGGGAAUUGCUAUACAAUGUGAACUUUUGCUGCCCAAUGGACAUUUGCAAAGGAACUUUGAAUUCGACAUUACAAACAUUGGACUCCGACGUCGUCUGGUGCGCCGUUUCUAUGGAAUACUAAUCCUGCAGCUGGUAUUUACCUUGCCCUGUCUGGAGUUGUUGUUAAAAUAUCCCUUGCCUUACAAUUAUAUAAUGUCCAUAGCCAUGUUUUUAACUAUGUUCUUGUAUACGUGCUUCUACGUUUGGCGGGAGUGGAGGAGAUUUGUCCCUUUUAACUACUUGGUACUUUUCUUAACCACAUGCAUCGGGUCCUUUAAUAGGAGUGUAUAUCUACUUAAUAUGGUGCAAUCACAUUGGGUCUAUGUCUAUCCCGUCAUCCUAAUCGUAGAGAUCUUAGCCCUAACGCUAUACUCCGCCCAGGAGCACUUUCGGUUCACCCAGAUUCGAGGGAUUUCCAUAAUCUGUAUCAUCUUUGGGUUAUUUCUGCUGCUGGCCUACCGACUGAACCGCGUGGUAGAGGUCUUCUUGGGAAUGGCCUGCACUGUGGAGGCGUGGUACGUCAUAUACGACACCCACUACAUGCUGUGCGGUGGACAUGGCUACAAUAUUGGACCCCAGGAGUAUGUUUUUGCCGCCUGCAACAUUCACUGCGAUUUGCCCAAGGGGGUUUGGCGUUUGAUGAAGAUGGUCUUCUUCAACCAAAUCAUGGAUGCCAUACGCAUGUUCCGCGAAUGCUUCAGGACCGAAGUUUGCUAAGGGAAC